GUCGUCAUGGCGGAAUAAAAGGCAAUUCAAUUCACGUCGCACACAUUUUUCGUGUGAAAUAGACGAUGAUUCUACUACUUCGUUCCUCUAGAUCAACCAGACUGAUUCCCUUCUCUAAUUCUCUUCUUCCAACGUCUACUUAUCAUUAAUUCUGUGUAAAUCGCAACGUACCAGGCAAGAGUCAAAAUGGAUUACAAGGCGGCAUUGGUGAAUGGGAUCGAUUCAGAUUCCAAAGGCAGUUCAGAUGCGGUGAAGAGCUACAUCCAUGCUGCACCAAUCACACUUCAACGAAAACCAUUUCUUCAGCCGGAGGGAGAUGUGAGGCUCUCUCAUACUGGUACACCAAGAGCAAACAUAGCCGCAACGUACGACCAGCCGGAAGGCUCGCAAGCUGGUAACUGGGCAAAAGAGCAUCAAAACCAGACUGUCUUGCAACAACACUGCGAUUACUUUGACCGUGAUAAAGACGGUAUCAUUUGGCCUCUGGACACCUUCAAAAGCCUCCACGCACUAGGAUUCAAUUUCCUGUUCUGCAUCAUCGCCGUAGUCGUUGUUCACCUCGCCUUUUCCUACCCGACCGUCUCCGGACUCCUCCCCGAUCCCUUUUUCCGUAUCUAUCUCAAAAAUAUUCACAAGAGUAAGCAUGGAAGUGAUAGUGGGACAUACGAUAAUGAAGGUCGCUUUGUACCUCAAAAGUUUGAAGACAUGUUCUCCAAGUACGCGGACGAUAAGGACUAUAUCACUGUACGGGACGUUUUCAACAUGCUCAAGGGCCAGAGGUUGCUGGCAGAUCCAUUUGGCUGGGCAGCCGUUUCUAUUGAAUGGUUCACAACUUACAUCCUUCUCUGGCCUGAAGAUGGGCGCAUGAAGAAGGAAGAUAUCCGAAAGCUUUACGAUGGAAGUCUUUUUGACGAGAUGGCAAAGGAGAGGAAACACUCGAGCAAGUAACCAGAGCCGAAUUACGUUCGUCACGCAACACAAAAGGAAGGGGAUGGUUGAAGUCUAGAUAUGACACAAAAGGACCGUUUCUCCAUGUCACUGUAACAGAAAAGUCUCGCUUUUUCGGGGAUGAUGAUACAAAAAGCUGCUGUUCAAUGCCAAGUUUGUGCGGUUGUGAUUAAAACUCUACCCUCUAGAUGAUAAAUGCCGUUGUCUGUAGUUUAUCUACUCAUGGUUCGUUUAUUAACGUAAAUCUACUUCAUUUGCCUCGUUUCU